AUGGUGGUGUCCAGAAAGCCACAGAUAUGGCAGCAAUACAGCUGUUUUCAGCAGUGGGCAGAGAGUUCACCUGGUGAACUGAGGAGCCAGGAGAAUAAAAAUGAAAAAACAAGUCAUGUUCUUAUUCGGAACAAGAGGAGAUGGGUGCUGUCUACUUUUGAAAUUGAAGAGAACCUUCUUGGACCUUUUCCCCAACUGUUAACACAGUUGCACAACGAUCAGUACAUAAAUGGAGCCACCAAAUUCCGUCUCAGUGGUCAGGGUGUGACAGAGGAACCGAAGGGUGUGUUUACGAUUAAACAAAAAACUGGUGAAAUCUUCAUACACAAGCCCCUAGACCGAGAAGCAUAUUCUAUUUUAAAAGUGCAGUUUGAUGUGUUGGAUCAGAAUGAUACCUUGGUUGACAAAUCAUUAUAUUUCAAUGUGAUCAUAACAGACAAGAAUGAUAAUCCACCAGUAUUUUUUCCUGAUAUUUUAAUUGUAUACCUUCCAGAGAACCUAAAAGAAGGUAUACUUCCAUAUUCACUGAAAGCCAGCGACAGAGAUGAGGAAGGCAAAGACAACUCUCGCAUCUCAAUGAGAAUAGUGUCUCAGUAUCCAGCUGUUCCAAUAUUUUUCCUGAAACCCUUUGUUAGCAUGCAAAACAGCUUGGUCUCAAAGCUCGGCUUUAUCGGGUGCUUUGAUUAUGAUAAAGUAAAGUCUUACAAAAUCCUUGUUGAAGCUCGGGAUCAUGGAAAGCCAUCACUCUCAUCCACUGCAACUAUAAAUGUCUUCAUCACUGACUCCAACACACAUGCACCUGUUUUCACUCUUCCAAAGUUCAGUGCUCAAGUCAAUGAGAUGGAAACAAAUAAGGAGAUUUUAAGGAUUCCUGUGACAGACCAGGACACUCCCAAAACUCCAGCAUCCAGAGCAGUGUUCACUAUUCUGAAGGGUAAUGAGGAGGGCAACUACAAGAUAGAAACAGACCCCAUUACCAAUGAAGGAGUGCUGACUGUCAUCAAGGGAAAGGAUUAUGAGAGAACUACUCUAGCUGAGCUGGAAGUAAGAGUGGAAAAUGAAGAGCCAUUAUUUGUAUGCAUUAAUGGAAGGCCAUUUACUCCUGUACCAAAGGCUUUAAAAAAUUACAGCACGGCUAAAAUUGCUGUCAAAGUAAUUGAUGUGAAUGACCCACCCGUGUUUCGGAAUAAAAUUCAGAAGAUUUACAGGAUUGAGGGGGAGGAGCCGGGAGAUGUGUUGUAUACACCCACAGUCACAGAUGAGGAUUCAGAUCCAGCAAACAUUAGGUAUGAGCUAGUACAUGAUCCAGCUCAGUGGAUGUCCAUAGACCCAAAGACAGGCAAGAUUACCCUGGUGAAGAAGUUGGACCAUGAGUCUCCCUAUCUCCAGAACAGUACCUACACUGUCACGAUGCGAGCGAUAGAUGAUGGGGAACCUCCUGCAACCAGUACAGGCACUCUGGUGGUCUAUGUGGGAGAUAAGAAUGAUAAUGCACCCCAUCUUACCUCCAACACUUCAGUGAUGUGUGUGAAUAAAGUUGACAGAGUCAGACUCAUAGCAGAAGAUACAGAUGCUUUUCCCUUUAGUGGACCCUUUACCUUUAUGCUUGGAAGAGAUGAUCAGGAGCUGCAGAACCUGUGGAAGCUUGAGAAAAGCAUAGUAGGGACUGAAACCUCAUUGAUCAGUUUAAACAUCUUGCCAUAUGGGAAUUAUACUGUUCCACUUAAGAUUUUGGACCAACAGGGGGUGGAGGCACUUAACAUCUUACAAGUGAUGGUUUGUGACUGUGGGAAAGCAGAUGUGUGUCGAAGACCAAGACCUCGAUCAUCCCGCCUUCAUAUAAUAGCUAUAGGAAUUCUACUAGGAGCCCUGCUUAUGAUGCCUGCGUUUCUUCUGAUGGCUUUUCUGCUCUCCUGCAAAGAAAAGAAAACUAUGAUCCCAAGUGAUGAGACUCCUGACUGGUAUCUUAUUAAUUCCAACAUUGAGACACCUGGCACAGACUGCAAGAUGCCACCCAAAAUACCCCAACUGGACAUGAGCGAGAAUGUUUUGAAUACAACCAAACCUCUAGGUGCUCAAAAUGUGAUUUCAACACAGGAGUCAUUGCUUCAAAAUGGUUUUGAAUCAGGCAUUGAACAACAAAUGAUUAGGAGAUCUUUAAGACGGAGUUCAACAAGACAUUCUUAUCGGCAGAUAAAAAAUUAUGAUAUGAUGGUAAGAUGUUAG